AGGACUCUUAUUUCGCCGAAUAAAAUGAUAAUCGUGGAAGACUGCAGCGGCGAAAAUGUCCGAGUGUUCUCGGUGAUAUUUCAAAAAUUGUAUGAAAAUGAACUCACCAGCAGCGAAUGAAUAAGCUGUGACGUUUGAGUUCAACAAGCAGCCAUAUUUAUACAAAAGCAUCAUGAUGAUGAUGGCAUCAUGGAUUGCGCUGCUUUUGUUGCUGCUUUUGCUGAGUAAGUCGGAAGGCAUGACGAUCACCAGCUCUGUUGGCAAUCGGAUGUUGACAGGAUUACAACAUGUGGCCUCCGGGGUUCAACCUUGUUCUUUCAACGAGUUGUGCGACUGCAAAUCCAACCUCCGAUUGAUUGGCAGCAAUGCAAAGGCAACGAAACGCACGAGUGCACCUACGGAUCAUCAAGGAGGGAUCAUCUGUGUGAAUGUUCCCUUCUCUUCUGUCCCGCGUUUUCCAGCUGGACCAGUUUCCCACAUUGACCUCGUGAAUGCUGGUCUUGAGUAUCUUCCUGAGGGGAGUCUUUUUCUGCCUGGCGUCAAGUCCUUAAGACUGACUGGGAACAAGAUAAAAAUGAUCGACAACGCCACUUUCAGUUUGAUUGGCGAAUCUUUGAGAUCUCUGGACUUGAGCUACAAUUCCUUGGCAGAAUUCCCAUCACACUCCUUCCUUCCCCUCAAGAAGCUGGAGUGGCUCAACCUAGACAGCAAUAAGAUUGCUUCAUUGGACGAGUGGCCGGGUCAACAACUUCCGAGCACAUCAUCGCCCAGUAUGCUCGGAACCCUGUUUUUGGCAGGGAACGAGAUUACUCAAAUCAACCCUUCGACUUCAUUUUUUUCUGGCAUGGGAUCCCUCACGUGGCUGAAUCUCGACUCAAAUGGGCUCGGCGAUGAAAGCAUGUCCACCGACUUGUUCCCGAAAUCCCUCAGCAUAUUGUUCCUCGCGAACAAUAUUUUGCAGGAAUUUCCCAUCAAUGUGAUGACUGAGUUGCCCAACUUGAUGUGGCUGUAUUUGCGUGGCAAUCACGUGCGUUAUUUGCCGUCUUCGAUGCCAUGGGCGACUAAUGGAGCAGUUAAACGACACUGGGACAAGUUGGACGUCAGUGAGAAUUUUUUGCCGGAAUUACCAGCCAACGGGUCUCUCUUCGGAGGGUCCGUCACUGUGAAUGACUUCUAUGCAGAUCACAACUGGUUCUCAGAAGUUCCUUCCAGGGCCUUCCUGGGAAUGCAGGUAAAACGACUGUCCUUGGCACACAACCGUAUCGAAAAGCUAGCCUGGGAUUCCCUGCUGGGCAUUCAUGACAGCUUGGUGUCAUUAGAUUUGGAAGAUAACAAGCUGGGUCAUGUGCCUGCCGAGUUGGCCCGACUCACCAAUCUCACCCUGCUUUACUUGUCCAGAAAUGGAAUCCAGAGUCUUCUGCCAACGACGUCAACCAUGGAUGGCAGCAUCCUCGGAUUCCGUUUACACAUGUGCCAACAGCACCUGGAAGUACUUGAUCUCAAUCAUAAUCUCCUCCAGGAAGUACCCAGCGAGGAACUGCGUCAAUGCACUCGACUCACGAGUCUCGGAUUGGCGAAUAAUAAUAUAAGUGGCUUCACGGGAGACGAUUUCGCACUCUAUGGACAACAACUGGACUCGCUGACAUUGCGUUCAAACAGGAUCAGUCGUGUGAUCGGCAGGUCAUUUCAGCACACACCGCUUCUCAGGGAACUUUCAUUGUCUUUCAACCCCAUCACCUUCGUAGCACCGGAUGCGUUUUCGGAUUUAUCCAAUUCUUUGGAGAAGCUGUCGUUGAGUGGUUGCCUGGAUAAACUCAAGGAUUAUCCACAAGACCAGCUUUCAUAUCUGAGGUCGUUGCAGACUCUUAUAAUGGACAACAAUGCAUUGCAGAGCCUGCCAGAGGCUGCAUUGUUGUUCUUCACCAACAUCAGACUCUUGAACCUGGAGUACAAUCGAUUGCGCAACAUACCAAGGUCCAUAUUCCACAGCAAUGUUCACAGCAGACUCAUGGACUUGCGUCUGGGCCACAAUCAUCUGCUGGUGCUCGAACAUGAAUUGUUUCACCAUUUGGAAAUGCUGCAGACGGUCGUUUUGAGCUACAACCAGAUACAAAGGAUCCACAUGCGAGCCUUUUCGCAGUUGCCAAAUUUAGCUGCCGUGUUGUUGGACAACAACCGGAUUCAGUUUCUGGAGAAAGAUGCAUUUCAUCAUCUUCCUUUGCUAGCGCGUCUGGAUUUGCAGUUCAAUCUGCUUCAAGAAUUCCCGCUGGAUUGUUUGGCCAAUGCCAUAUUACCCCCGCAUUCGAGUAACAAUCGAUCGAGAAAUUUACCCUCGUCGAUGCAGAACUUUGAAAUAGCCCUGAAUUUGACGCACAACAAGAUUCAUUCGAUCGUCACGACUUCUUCCGAGUUUGUUAGCCAGAGUUUUGGCGGCAGGGAACCUUCCGUGACUUUACAAAACUUUGUGCUUUUUCUAAAAAGCAUAGAUUUGUCCCACAAUUUAUUAGAAGAAGUCCCAUCCAACUUAUUGCAAGCAGCUGCUGCGGGGAAAGUGCUCAGGUAUUUGUGUCUGAAGAACAAUCGCAUAUUUCAACUCGGACCUCAGCCUCACUUUCAGGAUUUGGAAAAACUCGUGUCCCUUGACCUGAGUCACAAUGUCAUCAGAACCGUGCAUCCAGCAGCUCUGAAUAUUGCUGGCAGCCAUUUGCAGAUCUUGGACUUGUCUCACAAUGCCAUCUCAGCCCUGCCUGCCAGUCUAUUUCAAAGUGCUCUGCAACUCAGAGUACUUGACCUAUCUGGCAAUCACAUAACUCAACUUCCGGUCACCUUAUUUCGGACUACCCUGCUGGAACAGCUGAAUUUGGCUGGAAACAAUUUCCGUACUGUGCCUAGCGUCGCCUUGUCUAAUGUGCAGCACACACUCACCAGUCUUGACCUGAGAAAAAAUCAGAUCCAGUACGUGGAUCAAACCAGCUUUGCCAACACCACGAACCUUCUCAGUCUCCUCCUGGGUGCCAACAACAUCAGAAGCUUGCCUGAAGGAGUGUUCUCGGAAUUGGGGAAUAAACUCCUGACACUGGACUUAUCCCACAACAGUAUUCACAGCGCGAGUGUGUCCAGGGCAAUCCAGCCCCUGACCCGACUGCGCAGCCUGAAUCUCGCUUACGCAAGAAUCACGGAAUUCCCGUCCGUUGUCCCAACAAUCACCAACCUCAAUCUGAGUCACAAUGACCUGACUGCAAGAAGUCUACAAUUACUGCUGUACAAGCAAAGUGUCAACGGAUCCGCGAGCGUUUUGGCCCAGACGCCGGACCUCCGAGUCUUGGACAUUAGCUACAAUCAAAUCGAAGACCUCCCAGCUGGUCUCUUUGUACCAGUGCCGCGAUUGUCUGUCUUGGACUUGUCGGGCAACCCACUGUCUACACUCACCAAGGAGAAAUUCCACGGAUUGGGUCAAGCUUUGAAAAAGCUGGCUCUGGUGCAACUGGAACAAGUCAUCCGAUUCGACUCUGACACGCUGUCGAGACUCUUGCGGCUCGAUGAACUUUGGAUUCAAACGUUUCCGUGGAUUGACAAGUAUAGAUUUCGUCUCGGAGCAGUUCUCGGGUAUCUCACCAACCUUCGUGUGUUACAUGUCCACAUUCGUCAGCUCGAUUUGUCGGAUCAACUGCAUGGAGCAGCGUGUCCGAAACUGAAGGAACUGGACAUCUGGGGACUGGAUUUGAAGCGCGUGGAUCCUAACGCAUUCCGAGACAUUUUUGGAUCAUCGUCACUCGUGCUGCGAAUCCACAACACGUCACUGGAGAAGAUCCCGGAAAAAUUGAUUGAUAAAAUUGACCACAUCCCUUUGCUGACUUUGGACUUGUCAAAUAACAUGCUGAAGGAGUUCUUUCCUUCAAGCAUUUACAAUAACGUGUCGGAUUGGGAAUCUGUCGGCACUACAGUUGUCUCCGGAGGAUUACAUCUCGAGGGGAAUCCUCUGAUCUGCUCAUGCAACCUGACCUGGGUUGGCAAGUGGUUGCGUCGGUGGCUGCAAGAGUCGCAAGACAUACAAGGCGAAAUGCUUGAUCGGGCGUCUGAAUUGCAGGCGGCUGUCCAGCACGCGACGUGCACUGAACCGAAAACAGGACGCAUUAUCGCACUUGUCGAACUUCACGAGACGAACAGCAACGAUUCGUCAUUAAACAGCGUAUUUUGCAAGCAGAAAUUAGUAUCACCGGGGAAACUGGUCAUUGCGGCGGGCGACAUAGGAGACACCAACAAUGGCGGUUCCGCUGUAUUUGUGCAAAUCGUUCUACUCGUGAUCAGUGUGUCCUUGUGGCUCUCAAACGGCGGUAUCUCCAUUUUUUGGGAAUAGCUCAAAUUUGGUAAUAAAAAUGAAAAUUUUUCGAAA